AUGGAUCCGAAGAUGACAGAGGUGACCCAGAUGUUCGCCCGCUUCAAGGCGGCCUACGCCCGCCACGACCUCGACGCCUGCGUCACAUUCCUCUCGCAGCUCAAGGUCCAUCUCACCAAAUUCCCCAGCCUUCCGCCCUCGUUUCAGCAGACACCGAACGCUGUGGAGGAGCUCAAACUUGCAAAGAACUUUACAUUUGGGAGAAACAGUUACCUGCACAUCAUAGAUGAGAUCGCUGGGUGCAGCGAAAAGGGGUAUGAUUCCCUAUCUGUAAGUGAUGCAAAGCAAAUGCUUAUGUUCACUUCUGACCAAGAUCUGCACGAGUACAUCACAGAGGAGCACCCGGAAUGGGAGAUUAAGAACGGUGCCGUUUUCUUCCAGAAGGCGAAGGAGUCGCAGCCCUGCAAGGAGAUCCCAUCCUUGCAGCUUAUCAACCAGACGCUCAGCUACGCGAGGGAGCUGGAGCGUAUUGUAUGA